CAAAACAAUUGCACGAGUUUUCAUUUGAUGCUUCGUAGACAGAACGACAGAACACAGUACUGUUGUGUGCAGGUGGGAAUCACGAUAUAUUUGUAUUAUAUUAGUAAUAUAUUUUUGCUUUAUCCGGCCAUUCAUCGUGAGAGGCGUCAUGGAAUCCUCUGAAGUAGAGGUGCCUGAAAGUACAGGACGCUAUCACCAGAUUAUAACAGCGGCCAUUGAUUUGAUCUCAGGUGCAGCAGGUGGUGCUAACUGCGUGUUCGUCGGGCAACCACUCGACACAGUCAAAGUCAAAAUGCAGACAAAUUCAUCAGUGUAUAAGAACUCUUUAGAUUGCUUCAAGAAAACUUUUGUAAAUGAUGGGUUGCGAGGCUUGUAUGCCGGAACUGUUCCAUCACUUGCUGCAAACGUGGCAGAAAAUGCAGUUUUAUUUUGCGCAUAUGGUGCUUGUCAAACGGCUGUGCAGAAACUGUUGAAAAAGAACUCUGAAUUAAGCACAUUGGAAAAUGCCUUUGCCGGCUGUUUAGCCGCAUUCUUCUCUUCUGUUGCCUUGUGUCCAACUGAACUAGUAAAGUGUCGCUUACAGGCAGACAAAGACAAGAACGGGAACUCUACAGAAAAAGGAAAACUGCAAAAUAAACGCAUUGGCCCAUCUCAUGUCGUGAAAACCAUCUUCAAGCAGGAAGGAUUGCCUGGAUUCUUCCGGGGAUUUGCACCUACUUUAGCCCGUGAGAUGCCCGGAUAUUUUUGUAUGUUUGGCUCUUAUGAACUGUGUAGAGUUAUUUUAACCCCUGAAGGAAAGAGCAAAGACCAAUUAGGAUUAAUUCAAACAACUCUUUGUGGAGGGAUUGGAGGAAUAUGUUUCUGGCUUGCCGUAUUCCCCUUGGAUCUUAUUAAAUCCCGUGCACAAAUUUCAUCGAGAAAGGAACCUAUGAUGAACAUGAUCAGAAACGUAAUAAGAAACGAAGGCAUCAAAGCCCUAUACAAAGGACUGGGACCAACACUCUUAAGAACCUUUCCUGCAUCUGGAGCUAUGUUUGCUACUGUGGAGUAUUCAAAAAAACUUCUACAUUACAUAUUAGAUUGAUUUAAAACUUUUAUAAAGUACAGCAAGGUAUUUUGCUGAACAAACAUUUCAAAUUCAGUUGAACUAUUUUCAUCAAAAACGUGAAACAUGUUUAACAUUUGUUAAAAGUGACAUUUCUUCAGUGGAGCAAUUGUAAAAAUUUUAUUAUCAUGAAAAGUAUACAGGUCACUCUUAAAAAAUGUUGCAAUUAGCGGAUUUGAUAUUUUGAAAUAAAUGUAUAUGCAGGGUACCACAGUUUAACCUGUAAGACCUUUAUUUUUGCAAUUGUUAGUCCUAGAUGCUCCCAAUUACAAAAUGUUCAAAAUCAGAUACAGAGUUAAUAUGUUUCAAGCAAAAAAAAAAGUCAAAAAAAUACAAAAUUCAACUUUUUAUACAGGCCCUAGAUCCCCUAACUCAUAUUUUGGGAAAUAAUCACCAUUGAAAAAUAUUACUAAUACCAAAAACUUGACAUUUGUGCAACCUUCAAAGUUUUCAGAGACCAUGCAAAUGUUAUGCCAUGACUCGCAAAAACAAACUACAAAAGCUUGUACAAUUUGACUAUGCACACAUAUAAUUUUAAACCCUUGUUAGCUGCUAUAUAUAAAAUGUGUUAUUGAUGGCGAAUGUAAAGAUCAUGUAAAUCACAAAGCACUGCAUGUUAUUUCUCAGAGAAUAUUAGUCCCAGUAAUGUCGAACUUUUUCUGUCAGAAUGAUUUUUCAAUGGAGAAAAUUUCCCUAAAUAUAAGUAAGGGGACCUAAAAGUUAAAUCUUGUAUUUAUUUACUCUUAUUUUUUUUCACUUCAAACUUUCAAUAUGUAACUCUGCGUCUGAUUUUGAACACUUUUGCCAUUGGAAGUAUGCAUCUAGGACUAACAGUUAUGAAAAUAAAGGUUUUGCAGGUUAAACGGGAUCACCUUGUAUAUCCUUUUCUUUCUAACUCUGUUAAUUCAAUUAAUAGUGUUUUAGCUAAAGAUAAUUUAAUUGAAACCUGUGCAAUUUUUUUAAGUAGUUAAUAACAAAAUUUAAUUUCUCAUAAAAAAGAAGAAAAAUGUUCAGUGUUACCACUCAUUAUUUCAAAGAAAAAGUAUUUUUCAGCUCCUCCAUAUAUGUAGCAAUUAAUAAGUGUUACUAAAUGUGUUAUAAAAUUUGAAUUUUCAUUAAACUUGUCUUUUACUUUGUCUAGCCUUGUAUAAUAAAGUUUAUAGACAGGCUAUUUGAGUUACUUUAACGUUUUCAGAUUUUCAAACUUUUGUUAUCAGAUCUUACAAAUAAGCUCUUUUUAACAAAACAAAUAUUGUAAUGACAGUUGAAAUAAAAAGAAUGAAAUUCAAUCCUAACAUAGCACUUGUAGCAUGUUUUAAGAAUGACAUGUUUUUUUCUUUCAUGACCUGUAUAAAAAGCAAAGCAUUUUAAAGACAUGGAACUUUGCUGAUAUAGAAAGAUAA